AUGCAAAAUAACCUCAUCCUAACAGAGAGGAAAAUGACAGAUGAGAAAGCUUUGACUGCUGCUUGUCGCAGUAGAGGAAGCAAAGGAAGAACAGAGUCAACAAAGGAAUCUUGUGAUCAUAUUCUUUUGGAUAUUCCCAUCACUAGAGAGCAGAUGAAUCGCUAUCGAGCUGCAGCUGAAACUGCUCAAAGUGAACUUGCAGCACUUUCAGUGAAGUAUGAUUGCGCCCAGUCAGAGCUUCUUGAACUCAGGUCCACAAUGGUCUCUAAAGAAGCCUCUUUUCAAGAGCUGAAGGCUGAAGCUGAAAGCUACAAGGAAAAUAAUGCUAGACAGAUGUCUCGCCUCCAGUCUUUGCAAACCCGAAUUCAGGAGAUGGAGGAGGAGGCAUGUGUGCUCACCACUUCUAAAAACCAGGCUGAGCUGACAGCUCAGGCAGCAUUCAAGGAAAACUGGGAGCUGAAGGAGGAGCUUCAUGAGCAAAAUGACAAACUUAAUAAAUAUUUGAAUGAGUGUGAAGAAAGCAUGACUCAAGCUUCUAAAAUCAGCAGAAAGUAUGAAGACCUCCUUACACAGCUUUCUGGAUUCUUGGACACAGACAUCAGAGAAAAAGAGAAACCACAGGAACAUCUAAUGUCAAAGGUCUUUGAAAUGUGUAAAGAAAAUCUGACACUAAAAGACCAGGUUGCUGCUCUUCAAGAAGCUAUCAAUGUCCAUGAGAUAGAGUCCAAAGCUAGUAGAGAAACUAUCAUGAGGCUUGUUUCAGAAGUGACCACAGAGCAGAAAAAGGCAGCAGGAUACUGUCAAGACAUGGAAAAACUUAGUAAGGAUCUUGACAGUGCUAUAAUAUGGAGACAGAGUUUGGAGAUGGAGAUUGGAAUCCUCCAAGAUAAACUGACUGCUAACCAGAAAGCUUUGGAUGCCUCAAAGCAGGAACUGUACAAUCUGAAGAAAUCUUCCAGUGAGCUGGAUGGAAGCUUGAAGAGCAGCAGAGAAGAGGCCAGGACUGCUCAGAGCUCUUUAGUGGCUUUUAAAGAGCAAAUUGCUACCCUACUCAGCAGUGGAUCUGCAAUAGUUAAAGCUUCCCAGAAGGCCAUUUUGGAGAGGAUCAGAGAAUUAAAUUGCAAAGAAGAGAGUAAAGAAGUAAUGGUAUCUCAGCUUAAAACUCAGAUAGCUAAGUUGACCGAAGCUUUGGAAAAUCAGACCACAUUGUACCAAGAAGCUCUGGAGAGGAGCAGGAAAGCUGAAAAGUGUUCUGAGACUUUCCAGGAUCACCUGAAACACUUGGAAGAAGAAUUGCUCUCUGUAGAUCUGAUGCAAGAUGGUUUGAAGCUCGAGAAACAAAAAUAUCUGAAAUUUCUGGAGCAACUUAAUGAGAAGAUGAAGCUGGAUAGCCUAGCAGCAGAGGUUGGAUUUGAUAUGAAUGUGGAUGCGAUUCUAGCCUGGGUGGAGCAGUUAGUGAAACUGGAAGGUGAUGCAGUGAUUGAAAACAAGACUAUGGCAUAUAGCCUAAGAAGGAAGUUGAAGACUCAGAGGGAAAAACUUGAAAGCAAAGAGCUGCACAUGAACCUUCUGCGGCAGAAAAUAACCCAGCUGGAAGAAGAGAAGCAGCUAAGGACUGCCUUAGUUGUGGAAAGGGAUGAGGCCAAUCUCGCUGUCAGAAAGUUACAUAAGAUGAUAGAGAGGUUACAGAAGCAGCUUGAUCUGGCAAGGGAAACGAAUACUAAUCUCAAAGCCAAGCUGUCUGAAACCAAUGAACUUAAGAUCAAAACUUUGGAGCAGAGCAGAAUAAUAGAAGAACUCAGUAAGUCUCAAGGCAAAUUGGAAAGGAUGAAAGAAAAGGCUGAGAAACAACUUAAUUCUGUCAAAUCAGAACUUCUUUUAAAGGAUUGUAAAGCUACUGAAGACAAAGAAAAAAACAAAAAUAUGUUAGAAGCAGUUACCAGUGAGAUGAAGGUGCUUAAAACAACCCUUGCAGAAUUAGCAAAAAGAGAGAAACAGUUGGAAGAUUUCCGAGAGGUGGUCUCUCAGAUGCUGGGCCUCGACAUUGCCAGCCUCGCUCUUCCUGACUAUGAAAUCAUUACACGUCUUGAAGGGUUGAUUCACUUGCACCAGCACCACUGCUUCCCCUGUGUCUGCCUCAAAGGUGCAGCAAGAGCACCAGAGGAACACUUGUGA